AUGACGCGACGCAUCGUUCGCAAUUUAAUACAGCUGAGUGCAGCGGCAGUAUUUACUGUAUUUGUGGUCCUCUUCCUCGAUCGAAGCUACAGAGUUCUGCCGACAUCGCUACACAACUACCUGCCGACACACCAUCCCGGCCAUGUCGUCACCGACGUGACGCUGGUGACAUGCUCGACAGUCAACCCACUCUCGAAAUGCGACCUCGACCCUAACAAGUGGCAUCGCAUCGACAAAGAACUCUUCCUCGGCCGUGCCUGGAUGACCAAGAGCUAUAUUUUUGUCAGUCGCAAACACGAGGAGGAGCUCACGGAUCGCGACUAUGUCGUCGUCGAUUUAAAGGUCGGCCCCAUGAAGCCCGUAGACGAAAAGCCGGAUUCGCAUGCUGUCUGGGAGUCGAGGCCUGGCGGUAUCUGGGUGAAGCGCUCGUCGCAGAAAGUGGCAAGCGACUCCAACGAGGCCGUGACGAAUGUCGACGUGCUUUUUGGCGACGAUGCCGUCGAGGCCCGCGAUGGCUGGGCCAUUCGAGGAACCCCCCUCCAGAUUGACUCGAGCGGCUCGUUCCAUUCUGCCCACGUAACUGUACGUCGCGGCGCGCCUGUAGAGCAAAAGAAGCCGAAACCGCGCAUCCCGGACAAUGGCAAGUUCAAAAUUCUACAGAUUGCCGAUCUUCACCUGAGCACUGGCGUUGGCCACUGCCGAGACGUGUACCCCGCGCUUGCCAAGGGCGAAAAGUGCGAGGCGGAUCCUAGGACACUGGAGUUCGUCGACAAGAUGAUUGACGAGGAGAAGCCCGAUUUUGUUGUUCUCAGUGGCGACCAAGUUAAUGGGGAAUCGGCGCCUGAUCCGCAAUCCGCCAUCUUCAAGAUUGCUCUCAAGCUCAAGGAGCGCAAGCUUCCCUACGCUUCCAUCUUUGGCAACCACGACGACGCGCAGGCCAUGGGCCGCGAGGCGCAAAUGGCCAUUAUGGAAUCCCUGCCCUACUCUCUCGCCAAGGCCGGCCCGGCCGACAUUGACGGCGUCGGCAACUACUACAUUGAGGUGCUCGGCCGCGGCGGCUCUGACCACUCGGCCAUUACCAUUUACUUUUUCGACACGCACUCGUACACGCCCAACGAGAAAAAGUACCCCGGCUACGACUGGGUCAAGCCCAGCCAGAUUGAGUGGUUCAACCGGACGGCCGACAGCCUCGUCAAGCCGCACGCCGAGUACAGCCACCAGCACAUGGAUAUUGCUUUUAUACAUAUUCCUAUUACUGAGUACGCCAACUACAACCAGACCUGGGUCGGCGAGUGGCGCGAAGGCGUUACUGCGCCCAUCUAUAACCCGGGCUUCCGCGACGCCCUCGUCGAUAAAGGCAUUCUAAUGGUCAGCGCUGGACACGACCACUGCAACGAUUACUGCAUCCUAUCCACCGAGGGCGAGCAGCACGACCCGGCCAUGUGGAUGUGCUACGCCGGCGGUGUCGGCUUUGGCGGCUACGCAGGCUACGGCGGCUACCUCCGCCGCGUCCGCCUCUACGAGAUUGACGUCAACUCGGCUCGCAUACACACCUGGAAGCGCGUCGAGGCCGGCCCCAACGUCACAGAGAAGAUUGACUAUCAAAUGAUUGUCGACGGCGCCAAGGCGUUCCCGGCGCCUCUGCCGCCGCAAACACCGCCGCCUGUGGCGACGGAGCGGCCGGUGGACGUCAAGGAAUCAUGA